AUCAGACUUUCUCUUUCUUGAUAUCGUCUUUUUCUCGUAUCAUCGACUAAUAUUCUUGCAACAUCCCCUCUCUUCACUCUCCCCUCUCUCCCUCUCUUUCUCCCUCUUUCUCCUCGAUGCCUUAUUCGCCCCGUUGCGUCAUCCGCCGUUUUCCCCAACGCCGCUGCAUGCGCUAGUGGGUCACGAAUCCUACGAAUUUCUUGCGACUCGUCCAUUUUAGCUCUUUGCGCGACCACACCCAAGCCCGACCUCUGAUGGGCGUACUACAACCUCGUGGUCGUCGCGACUCGCGCGCCUCGAUUCUGUCCCGUCGGAAUUUGGGGUUCGACCGUGAUCUCGAUGUUGCCAUUGCGCCGGACUCGCUGGUGGAACACGCCAAUGCCAACCUGGGCAGCUCGCCGGGAGCCGGCAUGGAGGCCUCGAGCUAUAAUGGCUCCAGUUUGAGGACCCCCAGUCGAUCCUUUUACCACCGUUCUUUCAAUACACCUACUGACCCAGCCCACUAUGCAUUGGAUGGCCUCCGCGAACAAACGGCCGAACUAGCGACUUAUGGUUUGUCGCUCAAUAAAAAGCCCUUACGCGGGAGGACCAGUUUACCUCCUGGUCUGGAUAUUUUCCGCAGUCAACUUCAACAUUCCCCAUCAGCGUCGCAUGAUGGGAUCGCGAGCUCCCAUCCCACGGUGGGGGAGGACUCGUUAGAUUCGCAUUCUGUGCUCAUUGAUCCAGCUUCUGCCUCCGCUUCGUCGGCCUUGACAGAGAUGAUCCGCCAGCCUGGUGUCGGCCUGGCUGACGAGAAUGCCAAGCCGAUCGAGGACACAUCCUUUUCGCCGCUGUCAACUAUUGACGAUGAAUCUGAGCCCCGGGAUACGGAACGGACCUCUUUGCUAUCAAAGACGAGGUCCAAGUCACCGCAUCAUUAUGGCUCAAUCGAAGAUAUUGAGGGUCAAGGAGGUGCCGCCCGGCGAGCAUCGAAUGCCUUCACCAAAAGUGUUUCAGCAGUGGGCAAGUGGUCUCGUAUAGCUUCGAACCCUAAAUCAUGGGAUAGGCGUGCCAUCUGGAAGGAAGGAGUAGUAUACCCAGUCAGCCUCAUCCCUGCUGUAGUUCUGGGUCUUCUGCUCAACAUUCUCGAUGCUCUGUCCUACGGAAUGAUUCUGUUUCCUCUGGGAGAACCUCUUUUCUCUCACCUUGGCGCAGACGGUAUUUCAAUGUUCUACGUCAGUACAAUCAUCUCCCAAGUGGUUUUCUCCUGUGGAGGUUCCAUCUUCAAGGGUGGCAUUGGCAGUGAAAUGAUUGAAGUAGUCCCCUUUUUCCACCAGAUGGCAUUCACAAUCAUGAACCGAGUGGGUAAAGAGAACCCGCAAUCAGUUAUUGCCACCACCAUCCUCGCCUUCUCAGUCAGCUCUGUCCUCACCGGGCUGGUAUUCUUCCUGAUGGGUGUCUGUGGUUUGGGCUCGUUGAUCGGGUUCUUCCCUCGUCACAUUCUCAUCGGCUGCAUCGGUGGUGUAGGCUACUUCCUUCUCCAAACUGGAGUCGAGGUUUCUGCCCGACUCCCAGGAACUCUCGAAUACAACAUCGGCACUCUGCAGAAACUCUUCCAGCUCGACACUUUCCCUCUUUGGAUGAUACCCCUUUCCCUUGCGAUCGCUCUUCUCAUUUUGAAGCGUUUCAUUCGGUCGAAUUUCCUUGUCGGCGCUUACUUUAUUGGUGUGGGUGUCAUGUUCUAUGUUGUUAUUCUCAGUGCUCGGGUUUCGAUGGAUACAUUGCAUCAGAAGGGGUGGGUGUUUGAUGCUCCGUCUUCGAACAAUCCGUGGUAUCACUUUUAUACCCUCUAUGAUCUUUCUGCCGUCAAUUGGACAGCCUUUGCUGAUACUAUCCCCGCGAUGUUCGCGUUGACUUUCUUCGGUGUACUUCACGUACCCAUCAAUGUCCCAGCUUUGGGCAUCUCGACCGGAGAGGAUAACUUGAACGUGGACAGAGAGCUCAUGGCCCAUGGUGUAACCAAUGCCUUGUCGGGCUUUGCGGGUAGUAUUCAGAACUACCUGGUGUACACCAACAGUCUUCUCUUCAUUGCGAGCGGUGGAUCGUCCCGGUUGGCUGGUCUGAUGCUUGCAGCAGCUACAGCUGGCAUCAUGGUCAUUGGGCCGGUCAUCAUCGGGUACAUUCCGGUGAUGGUUGUCGGUGCAUUGAUCUUCCUGUUGGGUAUUGAACUUUUGCAGGAAGCGCUGGUGGAUACGUGGGGCAAGCUUACGAGACUUGAAUAUCUGACGGUCGUCAUCAUCGUGGUGACUAUGGGUGCCGUAGACUUUGUCAUGGGAAUCCUCGUCGGAAUUAUUCUGGCCUGCGUGAACUUUGUCGUUCAAACAUCUCGCAAGUCUGCCAUCCGUGCAACCUUCUCUGGAGAGAUUGCAGGGUCUACCGUUCGCCGUCCACCCAUCCAGCAACAAUUCCUGCAUGAAGCUGGGCAGCAAACUCUCAUCAUGAAGCUGGGUGGUUACCUGUUCUUCGGAACCAUCGUCAAUGUUGAGAAUACCAUGCGAGGACUAAUCGAAGAGGAAGCAUUCAAUCGACAACCAAUUCGAUUCCUGAUCCUAGACUUCUCUCGGGUCUACGGACUUGAUUUCUCAGCCGCCGAGGCAUUCACCCGUAUCAACCGCGUACUUCGCAAACGCAAUGUACAAACCACCAUAUCCGGUCUGAACAUCGAAGGCGAAGUGGGCAAGUCCCUUCAAAAUGUCGGCCUCUUCGAACCGGAGUCCGGCGUACCGAUCUUCGAAGAUCUCAACUCGGCCCUAGAAUUCUGCGAGAAUGACUACCUCAAGGUCUUCUACAGUCGCCAGGAAGCCCUCUCCCGCACACCACUCGAAGCAUCCACCCCUACAGCCACUCCCAGUGAUACCCUCCAAGUCCCACUACCUGUCCCACAAGUCCGCAACGCCAGUCUCUCGGACAACAUGGUCAGCUCCCCCCGCGGCCAAUACCUUCAACGCGUCGCAACAACCACCCUCCGCGAACACGAACAAGUAAACGCUGCCCUAAUGGCCGCACCCGCCUGGUCCUCCAUGCGCCAACCCCUUCCCCUCCUCCUCCAAACCUUCCAAGGUCUGUCAACCCAAAACGAAGACUUCUGGUUCCCCGCCUGCGCAUACUUCUCCCGCGAGUCCUACCCGGCCGGAACAGUCCUGUACCACGAAGGUGACGUCCCACGCGCCUUCUACCUCCUCGAAUCCGGCAUGUUACGCGCAGAAUACGAUCUCCCGCAGGGCCGGUACUUUGAGCUUGUUGUUGCGGGCCGGCCGUGCGGUGAAUUGCCGUUCUUUAGUGAUACGAGGCGUACGGCGACUGUUAAGGCGGAGCAUGAUUGUGUGGCGUGGUGUUUGAGUGAUGAGCGGUGGAGGGCGUUGCAGGAGGAUGAACCGAGGAUUGCGAGGGAGUUGCUUACUGUUAGUUUGAAGUUGACGACGGAGAGGAUGGAUUGUAUUACUUCAUACGUGCUGACUAUGGCUGCUUGAUUUGAUCUUCUUGUAUAUUUUGUGCAUUUUUGGUUUGGCAUUUAUCCUCGGUGGUGAUCUGAGCGAGACUUAUACCUUUGCUUGUCCAUUUUUUGGGUUUCAUGUUUGCAUGUGAAAUACGUACAUAACUGCUUCAUGCGAAGCUGAUCAAUCUACAAUCGUCAAUUUCAUGAUACGGUGGAAGUAAGAAGCAC